GAUCAUAAACCCUAGCCACCUCUGUUCCCUCUCUUCUUGUCAAAACGAGAAAUUCGUGAAACCACCUGUACCGCCGAUCUUCCUCUUCUUCACCAUGUCUACUCGUUUCUAGAUAAGAAAACAAAAAUAGAGAAAAGAUAAGAAAAAAACACAUGAACAGAUCUCGAUUCUCCCAAUCGAAUUUCUCUAUUUUUCUUCGAUCUCCAGAGAUCUCGGCGAUUUUCUUUUUUUUUUUCCAUUUCCCUCUGGCUAUCACUAAUUUGAUCUCUGAUCAAUUCGGUUGAUUUCCGCCUCGCUCCCUUCCUUACCUGUUUCGAGUUCCUCAAUUUUUGCUGGAUAUAAAAAAAAGAGAUUUUUUUUUAUUAAACAGUUCUGGUAAGAAUUGGUUUGAGUCUUUGAGAAAAUCCGUGAUUCUUUUACAGAGAUUAGUGUGGGAAUAGAUCAAAGGAGGGGCUUUUGAGUAAGCCAAUUUUUUUCUGAGCGAAGACGGAGUAAGAAGUCAAGCCAGUUGUGGCGUUAUCCAGUUGAGUAAAACGGAGUCGUAUGAGCAACGCAUAGAUGCCGUCGGUGGGAAUGAGACGAACCACAAGGGUUUUCGGGGUGGUUAAAGCCGCAGACGGUGCCCGGGUCCUCCGCUCGGGUCGCCGGAUCUGGCCUAAUGUCGACGAACCAAAGGUAAAGCGUGCCCAUGACGUUGUGGAUCGAGAUUGGAACUGCCUAAAUCCCAGCAAAGGCAAAGGGAACAAAGUCUCCGGUGGUAGAAGUAACGGCGCCGGAAGCAGACCCUGUAGCCCCAGAGAAAUCUCCAGUGAGAAGGACGACAAAGAAAUAGACUUUCCGGUCAGAAAACGGAGGAAAGUGGCAACAGCUGAAGCUGUGGGAGAUGAAAAGACUGUGGAUAAGCUGUUUGGGGUUGUAUAUAGUAGGAAAAGGAAGAGACUUUCUGGCCAGUCAAGUGAUAAUAGAUCAGAGGAGCCACUGCGAAGCCUCAAGUUUUAUUGCAGGCGAAAGAGACUCUCGGACCGGGUGGUUUCUCCACGACGACUCUAUGGUCCUGUGAUUACUCUUACAGUAGAUGCGUCAUGUGAGGAAUCCUGGUUUUCAACUGUUUUCGUCUUGGUUAUGAGAUAUGUGAGGAGGGGACAACUGGGGCUGUCUUCACUUGCUUCUUUUUUCUUGUCUCAACCUAUCAACGACGUCUUUGCAGACCAUGGCGUGCGUUUUCUUGCGGAGCCUCCCCUUAGUUCAAGGGGCGUCUGCAAGUUCUUUGGGGCUCUGAACUGUCUUCCUCUCUUUUCAGCUGAUUUUAAUGCCAUUCCUCGGUGUUUUAUGGAUAUGCAUUUUACUCUGUUUCUCAGAGUAGUUCCACGCUCUUUUGCUUUCGUAAAGAAAUCUCUGUAUUUGCUGAACAACCCGGUUGAAGAAUCUGAUUCAGAGUCUGAAAUAGUUUUAUCUGAACCUUGUAAUCCGAGGAACGGAGUUGUUGUCGGGUUACAUCCGUCUGUUACAGCCUCGAAGCUAACUGGAGGGAAUGCUCAGUAUAGAGGCAGUCUAGGUUUUCAUAGUAUCCAGAAGAGGAGAAGCUCCUUGAGAAGGAGAAGAGCGAGAAAUCUUUCGCAUGGUGUACACAAGCCGCACAAUGGAACGCCGGUUUCUGAACUAUCUGGAAAUUGGAAAAACAGGACAACAUCGGUGUCAUCGAGAAAGCUCAGAAGCUCGGUGCUAAAUAACUCAUCUCCGAGUUCAAAUGGGAUCAGUACCAUUUCAAAGCCGAGGACAAAAGAGGAACUUGAUUCUCUAUGCUGUUCUGCGAACAUAUUGGUUAUAGGUUCAGACAGAUGCACGAGAGAAGAAGGGUGUGGUGUAAUGUUGGAGUUUUCGUCUUCAAAGGAGUGGUUCGUUGUUAUAAAGAAAGAUGGGGCAAUCAGAUACCGACACAGGGCAAGAAAGACUAUGAGACCUUGUUCGUGCAACCGGUUUACACAAUCUAUAGUAUGGUUAGGGGACAAUGAUUGGAAGCUUGAGUUUUGCGACAAACAAGAUUGGCUCGGUUUUAAGGAGAUUUACAACGAAUGCUAUGAACGGAAUAUAUUGGAACAGAAUGCGAAAGUGAUUCCUAUACCUGGAGUAAGAGAAGUGAGUGGGUAUUCAGAGGAUAUUGCUGAUUUUCCCUCAUUUGUUAUGCCAGUUCCAUAUAUUUCUGUGAAAGAAGAUGAGGUGACAAGGGCCAUGGCUCGAAAUAUUGCGAUUUAUGACAUGGAUUCUGAAGAUGAAGAGUGGCUUGAAAGGCAGAACGAGGAAAUGCUUGGUGAGGAACAUGAGCAAUCUCAACGACUUGAGCAGGAUGCUUUUGAAUUGAUGAUUGAUGGGUUUGAAAAGUGCUUUUUUCAAAGCCCUGCCGAUGAUCUCUUGAAUGAGAAAGCAGCCACUGUAGCUAGUCUUUCGUAUCUGGGUAGGCAAGAGGUGGUUGAAGCAGUUCAUGAUUACUGGGCGAGGAAAAGGAAGCAGCGAAAAGCACCACUCCUCAGAGUUUUCCAGGGUCAUCAAGCAAAGAAAUCUCCUCUACUCUUCAAACAUGUGUUUCGUAAGAGAAGAUCCUUCAAAAGGCAGGGGAGUCAACUCCAUGGAAAAUCUAAACAGCUAAGUCUCGUGGGUGUUAAGGCAGCUGAACAAGAGGCUUCAGAGGAACAAAACGAUUAUCUUAGAGUGGAAGAAGCCAAGGCCUUGGCUGAUAGAGCCAUGGAGAUUGCCAUCGCCAAAAGAAGAAGAGCCCAAGUUCUUGCGGAGAAUGCAGACUUGGCUGUUUACAAAGCCAUGACGGCUCUCCGGAUUGCAGAAGCCAUGAAAGUAGCCGAAUCGAGCGAGGUUGCCACAUCCCUUUUCUUGAACUGAUAAUAAUAUGGAAAGAUGCAAAAUUUUACAAGCUUGCUUGGCAAAUGUUGGCUGGGGCAUUUUUCAAAGAGGAUGAUUUGAGAUAAUAGUCUUCUUCUCUCUAGGUUCUGGUUAUGUGUAUAGUUUCUCUACGCUGAGAUUGUAAAUGGGUUCUUAGAUUUUUCUUUCCUUUUUUAGGUUUUUUUUUUUUGUUCGUAUUAUUGUUACCUCACUUGAUGUACCGUAACGUGCUCCAUCCUCUCCCUUUUUUGUCGUUUUUCUUCGGAACAUUUUAAAUGAAGAAAUGGGAAAAAAAAUUA